AUGGUCUUCUUCAGCAGUAAGCAGCUCCACUACUCCGAUUCUCCCUCGCUCUCCCCACAGUCCGACGGUGACAUCAGCAUCGGAGUAGCGACGCCGCCGACGGAGGAUCAUCACGAUCACGGCCACCAGCUGGCGGCGGAGGUGCCCAAGAAGCGGACGGGGAGGACUGAGGAGGGUUUUCAGGGAGACGCGCCACCCGGUCUACCGUGGCGUGAGGAGCCGCAAAGGGAACAAGUGGUCGGCCUGCCUCAACUUCGCCGACUCCGCCUGGCGCCUCCCCAUCCCGAUCUCACCCGGCGCCACCGACGUCAGGAGGGCGGCGGCGGAGGGCGCCGAGAUGUUCCCCCGGCCACGGCGGCCGAUGAAGAGGAACAUAGCAUUCGCAGUACUACUACUACUGCGGCUGAUGACGUGUACAGUUACUGUGUGGAGGAAGAGGAGCUGGAAGUGGUGGAUCUGCCGAGGUUGCUGUCGGAAAUGGCGGAAGGGUUGUUGCUGUCGCCGCCGCCGAGCUACGUGGAGAGCUGCAACGCCGAAGAGCGUGAUUGGUGGCUGUGGAAUCAUUAA